UCUGCUCUCCUUGCAUGGUCACUCUUUUCCUGUGAUAUGUGAUACGAUGUGUGGGAUCAUCAAGUGAAAUCACAGUUAAGUGUGUGUGUCAGAUCUUAAUCUCCACCCUCUCUUCGCUGGGCAUCACAGGAACAGUGCUUGACUAGUUUAAUUCCUAUCUCUCAGCCCAACGACACCACAGUGACUGCUCAAAUCUCUGCCUGCCUGGCAGACAUCUCGGCCUGGAUGAAGGAACACCACCUGCAACUUAAUCCAGCCAAGACCGAACUCCUUGUCUUUCCGGCCAACCCUGCAGUUGAACAAAACAUCACCGUGCAGCUGGGUGCAACUACAGUAACGCCUUCCAAAACAGUCAGAAAUCUAGGGAUCUCCAAGGUCCUGCAGAAGUGUGAGGAUGAGCGGACGCAGGAGGAGCGCGCACUGCUGCAGCUGCAUCAGGACACCGUACAGGAGCUGAGCAGACGACAGACGCGCACACACCUGCUCAAGAGAAAACAAGAGGAGGUGUUUGAUGAUGUUGAGAAUCUGAAGACUAAAGUGAAGCAGCUGGCAGAGGCAAUACAGCAGGCCAAGCAUGUUGUCAUCUACACUGGAGCAGGAAUCAGCACUGCCGCUUCCAUCCCAGAUUAUCGGGGUCCCAAUGGGGUUUGGACUCAGCUGCAGAAGGGCCGAUCUGUGAGUACAUCAGACUUGAGUCGAGCUGAGCCCACUCUUACACAUAUGUGCAUCUGGAUGCUCCACAAAAUGAAAAUAGUCCAGCAUGUGGUUUCACAGAACUGUGACGGUCUUCACCUGCGCAGUGGACUGCCCAGACAAGCUCUCUCUGAACUUCAUGGAAACAUGUUCAUCGAGGUGUGUGUUUCCUGCACUCCAGCACGCGAAUUCAUCAGAUUGUUUGACGUGACGGAGCAUACAGCUCUGCAUAGACACGGGACCGGUCGUCUGUGUCCACACUGCAGAAUGGAGCUCAGAGACACCAUUGUGCAUUUCGGUGAACGUGGCACCCUGGAACAACCGCUCAACUGGACAGGAGCAGCUGAAGCCGCACAGCAGGCUGAUGUGAUCCUCUCUUUGGGAUCCAGUUUAAAGGUGUUGAAGAAAUAUUCCUGCUUAUGGUGUAUGAACAGACCACCAAAUAAAAGACCAAAGUUGUACAUUGUGAAUCUGCAGUGGACUCCAAAAGAUAACAUAGCUACUCUGAAGAUUCAUGGGAAGUGUGAUGCUGUAAUGGGUCUACUCAUGGAGGAGCUGGGCUUUGAGAUUCCAGUCUACAACAGACCAAAAGACCCCAUCUUCAGCCUGGCCACACCACUAAGUGCAGAAGAGAAGGAUAGUCAUAGUCGUAAAGAGAUAGCGCCUCCUGUUCUGGAGGAUGUUUCAAAAGCCCCACAGGUCCAAGAAGGCAGUACAGUGGUUCAAGGCGGCUGGUUUGGAAGAGGAUACUCCAAAGCAAUAAAGAAAAAGAAAGCAAUGUAAUAAAGCCGAAAAGCAGGGCAUGUUCCUAAAGCCCAGUAUGCCACACAGUCACUCACACAGCCAUUAUAUGUUCACUUUGGACAAAGAAUUCAUAACAGCUCUGGUUAAAUGUUUUCAGUAGGCCGUUACAGAUCUAAAUAUGUUACAACCACAUAGGUUAAGUUUAGCUGCUAUUCUAAAAAAGAUAUAGCUUGUAGUAGAGCAAGACCUCUUCAGUGGACCAAAGAAGAGGUUUAUCUGUGAGCAGUUUGUCAGGUUUACAAUGAUGGUUUAGUUUUGCUAGGUGCACUUUAACUCAACUCUCAGGUUUUAAAAUAAGCAAUAUGUGAUUCUCAUGGCAGCAGUUAAACACCACAUUGAUGAGAUCAACAGACUAAAGUUUUUUUUGUUUUUGUUUAGCAGAAUGUCCAGAAUCCUUUUUCCAUAAUGGCGAUUGGGGAUGUCGAGCUCCAGAAAUAGUAUUGUUUUGGAGUCAUUUGAUAGCUUCCUUUGAGGAACAAACCCAAAUUUGAGCCAUUACUUACUGAUAAUCUUCCCCUCCGCUGCAGCUCUUAAAUUUCACGUGUUUUGGUUUGACAUCAUUGAUGGCAAAAACCAGUGGUUUGCACAUAUCUUGUAAAAUUAUGAAUAUACACAUGAGAAUGAGAUAUUAGAGCUGCACAGAUGGGAAGAUUUUCGGUGAAUAACAGCAAAAAAUUGGGUUUGUUCAUCACACAAAGCUUCCGAAGACUUGGAAUAUAUCGCAUAAUGUUUGUGGACUACUUUUGUGGUGCUUGAAUGGUGUUUCUUUGUCCUUUUUGGAGCUUGACAGACCCUGGUCACUGAAUGGAAAGAAGCAGCAUAAAUAUUUUGCUUAAUAACUUUUGUGUUCCACAGAAGAAAUGUUUGGAACGAUGUGAGGAUGAAUAAAUAAUGACAGAAUUGUUCCUUUUGAGAAUAUUGUUAAAUAUAAUUAAGUCAGUUACUGGAUUGAGUAAAAAUGUAUGCUUUUUUCAGUCAUUUAAAUGUUAUCCACUAUUAGAGUUAUUGCUCCUUCGCCAAAUGAGAAGUAUAUAUUUCAAUAAAAUCAAAUGUUUAUGCUGACCUUUAACAAAUGGUGUUAUAACUAAUAACAAAUGUACUUUAUCUCUGCAUACAAGACACACAACCUCACAAGUGGAAAUCAUUACUAUAACUAAAUUAUAGUUACAAUUAUAAAUAAUUAUAAAAAAAUUAAUUGAACCAAGUCAAAUGUAAGUUUGCACAGAUGUGCUAGCAGUUUAAAGUAUAUGAGGUAUAUGUUGUGUAUGUUUUGACAGCUGUGAGUGCCAUUUUGCACUGAUUUUAUGAACAUUUUGUUGUGUCCCAGUUUACACGGGCAUUAUAUUUAAGACGUUUGGAUUUCUACAUACUACUGUAUAGACAACUUGUGUUUUGAGGGUUUACAUGAUGUAUUUUUGUGUAUUUAAAAUAAAAGAUGGAAAAUGGACCUUC